AUGUUGCGACACAUCCUGUUGCUCCUUUUGAUUCUCGGACUGCUGGCGGCCGCGAAAGUGACGCCAAAUGCGAAAGGGACGACAAAGGUGGCAGUGAUGACAAAGGCGAAAGUGACAGCAACGUCGAAAGUAACGACUCAGAAGCCAUGCAGUAAGGGUUAUCGUUACUGCGGCCCAAAGUGCGUGUCGACGGAUCUGCCGUGCUCCUCGGAGCUAUCCGAGAAAUUGGGGGAAGGCAAGCUCAUAAGUUCCGGAAAAUGCCGGCCACCAAUGAUCGAGUGCCACGGCAAAUGCACCACAUUCAACUUCCCUUGCGUUGCC